UGGCGUGUAGUCUAUAUAAAUACUAGGUGGUGAGUUGGUUCAUCCUUUGUUUAAAAAACCAUGUCUUAUAGUGUGUAAUCUGUGCCGCCUUCGGUCGGCGUUGAUUCCCCAGCCCCAGGCGACUUAAUGGUUGAAAAGAAAGGGUUAAUGUUCAUUUAGUCUUGAGGAAGGUAGCUACUGGGUGGAGACCGAGUGAUGUCAGGACUGCGUACCGGCUGAUCGCGCACUGAAAACCGGCUACAGAGCGAAGGAGGUGUCCGCGAAAGGCAGAAAACAGUUAGUGACGUUAGGUACAGACCAAAUUCACGACAUCGGUGUCAAAAAGACAAAAAAGCUUGAUCAGUGAAUCGAUUAACCCACUUUAGUGCCAGUCUCAUUUCAUUUUGUUCUCAGCCAACUAAUCGUUACUCACUUAGACUACUGGAGCAAAAGAAACGGUCCCUGGAGCCAUGCAGACACGCCGCUGAGAUCUGAAUGAGGAAAUAAAUAAGGACUAACAGACCCUACCAAGAGAGUAGCAGACAGACGCUUUUAGCUGGGAAAACAUUCUGUGGGGUCCUGAGCAGAGGAACAAAGAAGCUAAUGGCUGCAGCUUGCAUCUACUGGUACACCGCUAACCUGUGACACACACAAAUUCCAUUACGCUCUGUUAACCAGAAGCCGGCAAACUGUGCAGCUGACUGACUCUGAGGUGAGGAGGGAGGCAGAUUUGAGUUUGGACGGAAGAAAAAUAAGGACCGUCUCAUGCUGUAAAUUUUUCAGCUCAUACUGCUGGUGGCCUGCCAUGUUAUUUAAAGAAGAAAACCACAAAUGUAAUCCUUUGCUGCAUUAUUUUUUUUAAAGAAUUUUAUUCGCAAUAAUAAUCAUUUGAGCAAGGAGUGUGAGAAACGAGCAAAGAGCCUUUUUUAUUUUUUCGCUUCAUGGAGUUCAUUCACAGAAUCUGUGUAAAUGAAGAUCAGAUGUCACCGAGGCAAGCCGGGCUUGUCCAGCUGAAGUUUUACCCACCCCUUAUCUGAGCUGUCAGGGGAGGAAAUCUUUUAAGAGUUACCCAGAGCUGCGGAGGCUGUGACGAAGGACAGAGGGAGGAAGAAGCUGGCGAGAGAGGUGGCAGAGAGCAAGCGGGAAAGCUGUGGAGAGCGCACGAAAGCCAGAGAGCGACCAACUGCCAUUAGGACAAAGGCGGCACGGCCGUGGCACCCAGCACAGUCUUAACAUAGAAGAGGUUGCCAUGCGCCACUGAGCCAGCGAGAAGCCUUCCGAAGUUUCCCGUAGCUCGUGUAAUGAGCCCCCAGUCUGGGAGCAGGUUCCCAGGGGUGGAGUGCUGAGUUCCAGGGAGGGAGGGGAGACUGGAGAGGGGAGCGGAGGAAGCAGGAUGGAUGCAAGUGACCGGGCCCCUGCCUCCUGCUCACUUUGACUGCUCUCUGCCGGAGGAGACCCCGGCUAACUAGCGCGGUUUUGUUAUUGCAUCUGUUCAUUCAUAAAAUUGGCUCCUCUCUGGGCGCUGUUUGAAGCAUAAGCAAGCUGGAAGGGCUCAUCGGGGGGAGGGUGUGUGUAUGUGCACGAGUGUGUAUGUAACAACGGGAGAGCCGUACCCCUCUGCUGCAAGUUGAAGGAGCUUCAGAAAGCGUGGGGCAAAGGUGCGGACCCUGACCAUGGGGAAGUCGAACAGCAAGCUGAAGCCGGAGGUGGUGGAGGAACUGACCCGGAAGACCUACUUUACAGAGAAGGAAGUACAGCAGUGGUACAAAGGCUUCAUUAAAGACUGUCCCAGCGGUCAGCUGGACGCUGCAGGCUUUCAGAAGAUCUACAAGCAGUUCUUCCCCUUCGGGGACCCCACCAAGUUUGCCACGUUCGUCUUCAACGUCUUUGACGAGAACAAGGACGGACGCAUCGAGUUCUCCGAGUUCAUUCAGGCGCUGUCCGUCACCUCUCGGGGAACCCUGGACGAGAAGCUCAGAUGGGCUUUCAAGCUCUAUGAUCUGGAUAACGACGGCUACAUCACACGGGAUGAGAUGCUGAACAUCGUGGAUGCCAUUUACCAGAUGGUGGGAAACACUGUGGAGCUGCCCGAGGAAGAGAACACUCCAGAAAAGAGAGUGGACCGUAUUUUCGCCAUGAUGGACAAGAACGCCGACGGCAAGCUGACGCUGCAGGAGUUCCAGGAGGGAUCGAAGGCGGACCCCUCCAUCGUGCAGGCCCUCUCCCUGUACGACGGGCUCGUAUAGGCGCCCCGGGGGAGAGAGGAGAUACCCAAGCAGUGUUCACUCCAGUGCCAUUACACUUGUUCUUGGAAGAAGCCAAAUGUCUCCUUGGACCCCCCACCCAGAAGACGACGGGAGAAACGGGGGUCACAGGAGCCAGCCGACGAGAUUUGCCUCUUGCCAUUCAGUCAUCUCCGUCAUCGCCCAGAACAUCAAGCCUCACUGUGGCUGAGGAACUGUAUUUGUAGAAGGAAAAAAAUGGAGACAGACAUGCGAGAGGACAGAAUGUGAGGAGGAACUUGCCUUGAAUGCUUUUUCCAUUUCUGUGUUUCCCUGCUUCAUUGGAACUGCAGACGCGGCGACUGGCGACGGCGCCCCCUGUGGGCUGAGCGCGGACAGAGCAGCUUUUUCCGCUCACGUGACCACCGGGGAGAGUGCGGUUACGGUUACCGGGGAGAGCUAACCUGGUCGGCGCUCACUAUUUUGGAGUUCUCGGGAAAGAACAGAAAAAUCGUCAACCUCGUUUAUGUAUAUAUUGGCUUUUAACACUUGAAAAUGCAACAUUGCUGAGGUUUCGUGAAAGUGUUGUGCAUUCACUUAGAAUGAAACUUAAGUGUUAUUUAUAAAUUAUUUUGCUUUUUAUAUUGAAUGAAACCGUCCAUAUACUGAAGAUUUUAAGAGAUAUGGUAUCCUAGGCUACGGUGCCGGCUUGGAGUGUAAGCAUUGUAGCCUAGGAUACCAUUCUGCUCACUCCUCACUUCUCAGAGAGGAGAAACUUUAGGAGGAGAUGAUUCUUUCUGUAUUAAUUUAAUGUGUUUUAAGGUACAGUAUGUUUCCAUUGUGUAGUCGGUGUUCCUUCACUUGCUUGCACCAGCAAACACUCCGCAAUGUGUCAGACUCGCACCAUUGUGUGAAACGGCUACAGUGUUGUCAAUGCGUUUGACUAAUAAAAGGCUGUGUGGAACAGACCGCCUUCAACCAAAAAAAAAGAAAGAAAAACAGCCCACAAAUCAGUUUUCAUGCACAUUAUAUUUCUUCAAUGAUUUCACCGCUUCCCUUGUUCUUGAUGUUUAGUGGGAGGAAGGCUGUCUUGCAGUUUUUCGCCUCCGCUGCAGGAGUUCGAGGACUGAGACGCUUAGCUCGUGUGCGGUCACGCUUCCCGCGGUCGAGAAAGAAAGGGAUUCCUCUCUCCCUUCUUAAGACCCCCAGACGACUGGGGAAGUAACAUGAAUUGCUCUGCUGUGUCUUUUUUAGUGUCUUCUCAGUGAUGUGAUUUCCUGUUAAACAAAGCCAUAGCCCUCGUGUGUGUAAAGGCUUUUUGUUUUGGCCUGUGAGGUUCCUAAGAAGUGUCAACGCAUUAUGGCCUUCUCAGGCCUCAUUAAUUAAAACCUCUCUCGAGCAACGUGGGUCAACAGAAAAAAAAAAAAACCUUUCCUUUGUCCGGCUCCAUAAGUUAAUAUCUGAAUUGCCGUGUAGAUCACAGAACAAUUGUCUCCAAUGUUGCUGCUUCUGCUGCACUGAAAUAAAAAAAGAUUGCAGGGUG